AUGGUAUAUAAAGUAACGACACUACAUUAAGUAUUAUUUUAAUAUCUGUUUUGAAAUUUUUAAUAUGAAUACUUCCAUUUUCAUAUUUUUGUUGACAAUCUGGUUUAGUAUAAGUGCUUCAAAUCCAACUCCCACUAGGUCCUACGAAUGGGACUACUUAAUAUUUGCACAAAGCUGGCCAAUAACUACUUGUACACAAUGGAAAGAAUCUAAAGCCAAAAACACUUGUCAUCUUCCAAUAGAUAGACGACAAUGGAUAGUACAUGGAAUUUGGCCAACAAAACGAGGCACAAAAGGACCUUUUUCUUGCCCUUCUCCUAUACAUUUUGAUCCUAAACAACUGAACCCUUUCUUGGAUCAGCUUGACGCUCAGUGGACCAAUGUCCACAAAAACUCAGAAAAAUAUUCUUUUUGGAGGCAUGAAUGGACUAAACAUGGAACUUGUGCUUCUACUUUACCUCAGUUAAAUAGUAUUCCUAAUUUCUUUAAAAAAGCUUUAGAAUGGAACAAGGCCCAAAAUAUUGCAGAUAUGUUAACACAAAGUAAAAUUACUCCAGGGCAAAAUGGGUACCAUGUAGAACAAAUAGCCAAUGCAGUUAAAGCCGUAACAAAACAUAAUCCCAUGAUUGAAUGUGUUUUUGAUUCACACACAAGAGAAUCGAUGAUCAGUGAAAUACGAAUUUGUUUUGAUAAAUCGCUAGAAGUAAUUGAUUGUGUUCAAUCACAUGGAAUUAAUAAUAAUAAUAGUACCAAUGUUAUCACCAAUUGUAGUUUAAAGAAGCCAAUUAUGUACUUAGAUACUGUCCCCCUCUGAUAGUAUUUGUUAUCAAAUGGAUAUAGAUAAUUUAUUGCAAUCUGCAGAAGACCAUCAGUUUUGGAAACAUAUAAAUUUUUAAAAUUCCUCAUUUGACUUUCUGUAUAA